AUGGAUGAAGUUGCAACGAGGAGUAAGGAAGCAGACAGAAGGAGCAAAGAAGAGGACGAGGAAAGUUCUUUGAGUGUUGUUGAUUCGAAUCAGCGGGAAAGUGAAGCCAGGAAUUUGGACUUGUCGCAGUAUUGUGUGUCGAGUGAUGCCGAGACAGAGAAAAUGGGGGAAGACAGCAUUCAGGACUUGGAUGGACUACGGCCGCACAUAUCAGAUCUGGUAGAAGGCCAGGAGACGAGCUCGGGGACCAGCAAACGAGGCCGGGAGAAAAGUGACGAGGAAUCUGAUCAUAAGAGACUGAAAGUCGGGGAAGAGGAGCCACCGCACCAUGACGACGAUGAGAACGAGGCCGGUGAUGAAGGUGAUGGCGAAGAAAACGACGAGUUGGAUCCUGAGGCAGACAAAGAAACGGUCAAAAGUGCAGUUGAGAUACCGACGCAGUCUGUAAAAAUGGAGGACAAUGUAUCGGCAAAAGUCGAGGGAGACGAGGAGGAAGAGGAGGAGGAGGAGGAAGAGGAGGUCGAAGAGGAUCAGAUGGCGGAGGAGAAGGAUGUAGAGAAACCUCUUGCGGAUGACAGCGAAUCCGCCAAAGGAGACGGCACGUUGUCUUCUAUGCCGCCGCCGAUCGAAAUGGAGAAGAAAAGAAUGGAUGCUCUGGCGGAGAUCACAGAGAUCGAGUACAAAUUUGCAGAGCUGCGCCAACAGCUGUACGAGAACAAGCUGCUGAGACUACAGACAGAGCUGCAGAUGUGUCUGGAGGGCUCCCAUCCGGAGCUACAGACGUAUUACCAAAAAAUUGCAUCUAUACGUGAGUACAAGCUCAGAAGGGCCUACCAGCGGCAGAAGUACGAACUGAAUUGCAUUGACAAAGAGACGCGCGCGACUAGGACGUUCAUUCACCAGGAUUUUUACCGCCAGGUUAGCGAUAUCAGGAAUCAUCUACUGACAGAAACCACCCAGAAAUGGUACGACAUAAACAAAGAAAGGCGCGACAUGGAUAACUGCGUACCGGAGGUAAGCUAUCACGUCCCCAUAAAGAUCGCUGGAAAGACUCUGAGCUGCAUCACGGGGUAUGCCGGGGCGGCCCAACAGAGAUACCCCGGCGAAUCGCUGAGCGAGGACCUGGAGUGCGAGAAUAUAACUUUCCGCUACCGAUCCAACGCGGUUGACAAGUUAGAGGUGAUCGUGAACAGAAUGAGACUCAAUAACGAACUAAGUGAUCUAGAAGGGCUGAAAAAGUAUUUCAACGCUUUCCCAGGCGCUCCCAACCUGAACGGUCUCAGAGACUCCGAGAUAUUCGACGACCUACAAGACCUUAAUCUUUCAUAG